UGUGAUUAUCAUUUUUUUCUCCCUAUUUACCCAUUUGGCCAAAAAUAUUUUCACUAAAGAAAAACAACAAUGGGUGUAUUAAGUUUGGAUCGAUCAUCAUCAUUGAAAUCAAAAACGGUAAAUACGGUCGUUGUCAAUCUAGAUGAUAUUGAAAAUGAAGCAAAGAAAAAAUUACCAAAAUCUGCAUUCGAUUAUUAUCGUAGUGGUGCUACAAAUGAAUUAACAUUAGGUGAAAAUGAACUUGCAUUUCAAAGAAUUCUUAUUCGGCCACGUGUUUUAGCCAAUGAUGUUAGCCAAAGAUCAACAUCAACAACUGUUCAAGGUAUAUCGAUAAGUUUUCCGGUUUGUGUUGCACCAACUGCAAUGCAAAAAAUGGCCAAUGAAAUGGGUGAAAUAGCUAAUGCAUUAGCAUGUCAAUCGGAACAAACUAUAAUGACAUUAUCAACAAUAUCAACAACAUCAAUGGAAGAUGUUGCACGUUCAACACCAAAUUCACCGAAAUUUUUUCAACUUUAUAUUUAUAAAAAUCGUGAUCUAACCAGGCAAUUAGUUGGCCGUGCUGAACAGGCUGGAUAUCGUGCAUUAGUAUUAACUGUUGAUACACCAUUCAUGGGACAACGUUAUGCUGAUGAACGUAAUCGAUUUACAUUACCAGCAAAUUUACGAAUGGCAAAUUUUCAAAAAGAUCUAGAAGAAUCAAAUCGUAUUCAACGUUUACAAAAUGAUGAUAGUGAUGAUAAACCAACAUCUGGUCUUACAGAAUAUACAAGCGAAUUAUUUGAUCAAUCAUUAACAUGGAAUGAUGUACGAUGGUUAAAAAGUAUAACCCGUUUACCAAUUAUAACCAAAGGAAUAAUGACACCAGAAGAUGCAUUAAUAGCAUUAGAACAUAAUGUUGAUGGUAUUUGGGUAUCAAAUCAUGGUGGUCGACAAUUGGAUACAGUACCGGCAACAAUUGAUGUUUUACCAGAUAUUGUUAAUGUUGUACGUGGUCGUUGUGAAGUUUAUUUGGAUGGUGGUAUACGUCGUGGUACGGAUAUUUUUAAAGCAAUUGCAUUAGGUGCACGUGCUGUUUUUAUUGGUCGUCCAAUGGUUUAUGGUCUUGCUUUUAAUGGAAUGGAUGGUGGUCGACGUGUUUUACAAAUUCUACGUAAUGAAUUUGAUAAAACAAUGGCCUUAUCUGGUUGUUCACGUUUAGAACAUAUUAAUCAAUCAAUGAUAAUAACAAGAAAAAAAUUAUUAGCAAAACUUUAAAUCAUAUUUUUUUUUGUUCGGUAGAUGGCAAUCAAAUCGUAGUCGAUAAUUUUUAUUAUAAUUUUUUGUUGUUUAUAAAAUUUUUUAAAAAAAUUUUAAAAAAAGAAUUAGAAUUAGAAUUGUUAAAUAAAUAAAACAAAACAAA